UAUUGAAUGAAUCUGUGUGAGAUACUAAGUUUGUUGGAAAUUCCAUACCAAAUUCCUGAAACUCCUACUACAUGAGUCCUCCAUAUGGCUCGUCCUCGCCUGCUCGCCGGGGCUGAAGUGGCCAAGGAGCCCCAUUCAGUUUCAUUAAAAGUUUUACGACUUUCACGACCCUCCCUAUCAUACCAAUAUCCGCUCCCGAGUGAAAACGAAAGUGUCCCUCCUCUUAAAGCGUCGCUCAGUUACCCUUCCGAUAGCUCUGACAGCCAAUUCAUUCUCAGCCCAAAUGUUACCCUUCCACCGGCAUUUGGAUCUGCAUACGUGGGGGAAACAUUCUCUUGCUCAUUAUGUGCAAACAAUGAACUCCCGCUUGAUAUCGAAAACCGGGUUGUCAGCUCUGUUCGCAUAGUAGCGGAAAUGCAGACGCCAUCUCAAAUCGUUUCUUUGGAGCUUUCCCCGCCAGGAGAAGAUUCGGGGUCUGGCGGGCUAGCAAAGUCUCAAUCGCUGCAGAAGAUAGUCCGUUUCGAUUUAAAGGAAGAAGGGAAUCAUGUUCUUGCAGUCAGCGUUAGUUAUACCGAAACCACUCUGGCGCCACAAGGUCAAGAAACCUCUCCUGGUUCCGGCGUUGGUGCCGUACAGGCGGCAAGCGGACGGGUACGCACGUUCCGGAAGCUCUACCAAUUCAUUGCACAGCCGUGUUUAAGUGUGCGGACAAAGGCGACGGAACUGACACCGCUCGAAGUGGAUAAUCGAGCGCUUGGCCCCUAUGGAAAGGCGCGAUUACUGAGAUACGCGCUUGAGGCUCAACUGGAGAACGUCGGGGAUGGAGCGAUAUCUCUUGGAUCUACCACACUCAACCCAAAACCACCUUUCAAGUCCAGGUCGCUAAAUUGGGACUUUGAACGAUCCGAUUCCCUGAAAACGGCCCCACCCAUGCUAAAACCUCGUGAUGUCCUCCAGGUUGCAUUCUUGGUGGAACAAGAACACGGACAGCAGGAGGGCCUUGAAGGUUUGCAAAAGGAUAUGAAUCGAGAUGGUCGGACUAUUCUUGGACAGCUAUCUAUCGAAUGGAGAGGCAGCAUGGGGGAUAGAGGGUUUCUAACUACUGGGAAUCUUAUGACAAAGAGGCGGUAAUGUCAUAGAAUUGACUAAUUUUAUGGCCGGCUGGUUCGUAUAUGUCGAUCUCUCAGUUGGGGCUUGGGAUAAAUUAAAUGUGCUACGGAGUAGAUAGUAGGGACAUGUUAACGUAGAUUUAUACGACGCAUUAUCCCCGAAUGUCCCGAGCUCGGCAUGCCGAGUGACUGGCCGUCAAGCUAUUAAUAAGAACAAUAAUCCAAUCUUUUCCCAUUAUUAGACCCACACC